GUGGAGAUGGUUGUUUUGGUGUUGUUGUCAUCUCUCGAAAGGUGAAAACUUUGGAUUUGACAGUUUUCUAUUGUGGAAAUAGGGACACCAGACGGGAAUACCGCGGCCUCGCCUCGUUCGACUCCAUGACAUGAGCGGAGGCGCCAGUGGAAGGCAGACGUGUUAGUUUUGGCUUCUUUCGGGAGCUAACAGUGAGCUAGCCCGGCGAGCUGAAGUUAAAAAUGGACUGCUCGGCUCUGGAGCUCGAUGCGGUGAAAUUCGCCAAAGCUGCUGUAACCUGCGACCAGAAUGGGAAAUACAACGAAGCUACCUUUUACUACAAGGAGGCAGCCCAGGCCCUCAUCUAUGCCGGCAUGGCCGGGUCCAAGCUGGAGGGAAUCCAGGAUAAAGUGACCGAGUACCUGGAUCGAGUCCAGGCUCUCCACAACGCAGUCCAGGCACAGACGAGCGACCCGCUGAAGUCCCGGCAGCACGUGGACCUGGAGCGCGCCCACUUCCUGGUCACCCAGGCCUUCGAGGAGGACGAGAAGGGGAACGACGACGAAGCCAUCGAGCUGUACACCCAGGCAGUGGAGCUGUGCAUCAAAACUUCCAACGAGACGUCGGAGCAGGCGCUGCAGACCAAGCUGAAGCAGCUGGCUCGUCAGGCUCUGGACAGGGCUGAAGGUCUCAAAGACUCCAAACCCCCGUCCGGGCCCCCUCAGGACCGAGCCCGGCCCGCCGGGGCCCGUCCCGGUCCCGGUCCCGGGGCCCCCGUCCGCCAGUUCUUCCCUCUGGGGCCGGACUUCAGCCUGAACGAGCGAGCGGCGCCGCAGCGGGCGGCGGCGCCGGCCGAGCCUCAGGGCCAGCGCUACACGUCCGAGGAGAUCGAGGUGCUCAGGAUUACGUCUACGAUCAACGGGAUCGCCUACGUGCCUUUCAUGAGCGUGGACCUGAAGGAGAGAUUCGCCUUCCCCGUUCCGUUCUCGGACAAAAUGGGCAAACUGGCGCUCUCUCCCAAACAGAAAGCCAUCUUCUCCCGCUGGAUCCGGCCAGACGAGAUCUGCAAUAACCCCACCAUGAUCCUGUCUGUGUCCAGCUUCAGCAUCAAGCAGACGGUGGUGUCCGACUGUUCGUUUGUGGCGUCGCUCGCCAUCAGCGCGGCGUAUGAGAGGCGCUACAACAAGAAGCUCAUCACCAGCAUCAUCUACCCUCAGAACCGCCGCGGCGAGCCGGAGUACAACCCCUGCGGGAAAUACAUGGUCAAGCUCCACAUCAACGGCGUCCCCAGGAAGGUCAUCAUAGACGACUUCCUGCCGGUGGAUCGUAACGGCGAGCUGCUCUGCUCCUACUCCAGCAACCGGAACGAGCUGUGGGUGUCGCUGAUCGAGAAGGCCUACAUGAAGGUGAUGGGCGGCUACGACUUCCCCGGCUCCAACUCGAACAUCGACCUCCACGCGCUGACCGGCUGGAUCCCCGAGCGCAUCGCCAUGCACUCCGACAAUCAGUCCUUCAGCAAGGACGACACCUUCCGCAUGCUGUUCCAGAGGUUCCACCGCGGCGACGUCCUCAUCACCACGGCGACGGGCGUGAUGACGGAGGAGGAGGGCGAGCGGUGGGGGCUGGUGCCGACGCACGCCUACGCCGUCCUGGACAUCAGGGAACACAAGGGAAUGCGCUUCCUGCAGCUGAAGAAUCCCUGGAGUCACCUGAGGUGGAAGGGCCGCUACAGCGAGAGGGACGAGAAGAACUGGACGCCCGAGCUGCUCAAGUACCUCAACUUUGACCCCAAGACGGCGCAGAAGUUCGACAACGGGGUGUUCUGGAUCUGCUGGGAGGACCUCUGUCAGUACUACGACGUCAUUUACCUGAGCUGGAACCCGGCGCUCUUCAAAGACUCCUCCUGCAUCCACAGCAGCUGGGAUGGGAAGCAGGGCCCGGUGAAGGACGUUUACAGCCUGGCCAACAACCCGCAGUACAAGCUGGAGGUGCAGUGUCCAACAGGGGGCGCCGCCGUGUGGGUGCUACUCACCAGGCACAUCACGGACAAGGACGACUUUGCGCAGAACAGAGAGUUCAUCACUCUGGUCGUUUACAAGACGGACGGAAAGAAGGUUUACUACCCAGCCGACCCGCCGCCGUACAUCGACGGCAUCCGCAUCAACAGCCCGCACUACCUGACCAAGAUGAGGCUGACCAGCGCCGGGACGCACACCUUCACCCUGGUGGUGUCUCAGUACGAGAAGCAGAACACCAUCAACUACACGCUGCGGGUUUACUCUGGCUGCAAAUUCACCUUCUCCAAGAUCCCGAAUCCUUUCACUCAGACCAAAAGGAUCAACGGCCAGUGGAAGGGCGCCAGCGCUGGCGGCUGCGGGAACUACAAGGACUCGUACAAACACAACCCCAUCUACCAGCUGAACCUGGAGCGGUCCGGACCGCUGCUGAUCGAGCUGCGGGGGUCCAGGCAGUACAGUGUUGGAUUCGAGAUGGUGACGGUGUCCACGGUGGGCGACGCCGGCCCGGCCGCCUCCCAGAAGAGGAGCAGCGGGGAUUACAGGUGCGGCUUCUGCUACAUGGAGGCGGAGCUGGUUCCCGCCGGCAUCUACAACGUCAUCCCCACCACCUUCCUGCCGCGGCAGGAGGGGCCCUUCUUCCUGGACUUCUUCAGCACGGCGGCGCUCAGAGUGUCGCAGCUGCAGUGAGGACCGGCGGACUGUCGGCCAAACUCAGACGGGGCUCCAACCAGUGCCAAGGCUUCAGUUCAGCUUCGUCUCGCUCAGAGAAUUACAAAACCCAGAAGAUCAGAGCCCGAUGCCGACGGGCAGAAACGACGAGCUUCCAGAAUCACGUUCCAACACCGAGGCGUCAGACAGUCUUCAGGCAGAACUCGUCACACUGUUCCAUCCGGGAAGGGAGAAAUCCGUGUGAUUUUGUUUGUUUUUUUCUUUCCAACACAGAUCCUGUCUUCAGAUUGACAUCUGAGAAUGUCGGCUUGAGUCAAAAACCUUGAGAGGGAAUUGUAGAAGUGUUCUGAUCUGGAGGGAAACUGGUUCGUCUUGAAUGCAAGUGAAGUGUUUUCUGGGUGGUGAAGAGAGGAGGAGGCCAGAUUCAGUCGUUUCAGCUGCAAAAACACAAAAUGUUUACAGUCUCUGCUCAGAAUGACGAAUAUUUAAAGCUGAACAGACUCAAAAAAAAAAAAAAAAGCUGCCAAAGUGACAGUUUGAACGGCGGCGGAGCCCGUUUGGUUUCUUCUCAGGAGCAGCUCAGCAGCUGAAUGACCACCGCUUUCUGUCUGUCUGUCUGUGUGUGUGUGUGUGUGUGUGUGUGUGUGUGUGUGUGUGUGUGUGUGUGUGUGUGCGUGUGCGUGCGUGCACGUACGCCAAGCGUUCACAUUCUUUUUCUUUUGUUGCUUGUUGUUCUGCACUUUCUCCAUAUUAACAAAUGAAGCUGUAAUUCACAGCAGCACCUGAACGCACCGCAGCAGGUGUUUCUGACAGAGCACAUCUGGAUCACAUUGUAACGUCUAAGAACUGCAGAGACUGAAGCAAAAUUGAAUUAAUCUAUUUAAAAAAAACAACUUGGUGAAAAAACGUUUUUUCAUUUAAACUCAAUUUAAAAAAAAAAUCUAAUCCAGCUUUAUUUUGGAAUAAUUUUCUUGCUUCCUUCCAAUUUGUUUUCAUGAUUAAAUUGCGUGAAUUCUC